AACGCGUGGAAUAACGACCAGUUCCUCCAUGUACUUGAGGAUGGCCAAAACAUUCUGCCAACAAUCCACGUCAACGACCUCGCUAAAAUCAUUCAAACGGUGAUUGAACUGCGGCCGACUAAACAUUACAUCAUUGCAAAGGAUGAUUCGCAAAAUACGCUGUACGAAAUCGUAAAAGCCAUCUCCAAGGCAUUGACGACAGGGAAAGUGAAAUCAAUUAGCCGUGAAGAAGCAUUUCUAUCUAAGGAUUUAACG